AUGAGACCCUAUGAAUGUGAGGAAUGUAGAAAGUCUUUGAAUAGUGGCCCAGACUUUAUACAACAUCAGAUAAUUUUAACUAGGGAGAAAUAUAAUAAAUUUAAGGAAAGUCAGAAGGCCUUUACUAAUGCCUCACGUUUUUUUCUAAAUCAGAACAUUCAUACAAGCGAGAAGUCCUUUAAAGGUAAUUAUUGUGUUAGAGAAUUUAAUAAUGGUACAGCCCUUAUUCGUCAUCAGAGAAUUCAUACUGUUGAGAAACUCUAUGAAUGUAAUGAAUGUGGAAAGGCCUUUAGUACUAGUUCAAUAUUUAGAGUACAUCAAAGGAUUCACACAGGUGAGAAGCCCAAUGAAUGUAAAGAAUGUGGAAAAGCCUUUCAUCAUUCCUCAUACCUUAGUCAACAUCAAAGAAUUCAUACUGGUGAGAAACCUUAUGAAUGUAAGUAUUGUGUUAGGGCUUUUAGCAAUGUUUCUGCCUUUAUUCGGCAUCAGAGGAUUUAUACUGGUGAGAAACCCAACAAAUGUAAGGGAUGUGGAAGAGCCUGUAGUACUGUCUCAAUACUUACAGCACAUCAAAGAAUUCAUUCAGGUGAGAAACCCUAUGUUUGUAAGGAAUGUGGGAAGGCCUUCCGUCAGUCUUCAGAACUUACUCAACAUCAGAGGAUUCAUACUGCUGAGAAACCCUACAGAUGUAAGGAAUGUGGAAGGGUCUUUUGUUGUUCAUCAGAGCUUUCUCGACAUAAGUUAAUUCAUGCUGAUGAAAAGUUGUAUGAAUGUAAGGAAUGUGGAAAGACCCUAAGUAGAGAUUCAGUACUUACACAACAUCAGAAAAUUCACACUGGUGAGAAAGGCUGGGAAUGUAAUGAAUGUGGGAAAGUUUUAAAUUGUGUAAUAUACCUGACUUGGCAUCAGUGAAUUCAUACUGGUGAUAAAACAUAUACUUGUAACAAAUGUGGGAAGGCCUUUCUUCAUUCUUCAGACCUUAUUCUGCAUCAAAGAAUUCAUGCUGGUGAGAAACCUUAUGAAUGCAAGGAAUGUAGGAAGGCUUUUGCAAGAAGUUCAAAUCUUAAUUGCCAUCAGAA